GUUGACGUCACGAUGACGCAGAGGUCUAAGCAGGAAGUUUAAAUACAGACAGCAACACGCUUAGUGUUUGCCGCAUGUCUACACGCUACGGCUGCUGUGAUCAGUACAGGACAACAUAAAUGCCGCAGGAGGAGUGAGCAGCCAUGAUGACAGCAGGCACACUGAGCUUCAGGAACAUCACCGCCCUGGCUCCUAUGGUCCGGGUGGGGACUCUACCCAUGAGACUGCUGGCUCUGGACUAUGGCGCUGAUGUGGUUUACUGUGAGGAGCUGAUUGAUAUUAAAAUGGCCCAGUGUCAAAGGGUGAUCAACGAGGUGCUGGAGACAGUGGACUUUGUCGCUCCAGAUGAUCGAGUGAUGUUCAGGACCUGUGAGAAGGAGAAAGACAGAGUCGUCUUCCAGAUGGGAACUGCUGACCCAGACAGAGCGUUGACAGUGGCCCGACUAGUGGAGAAGGAUGUGGCAGCAGUAGAUGUGAAUAUGGGCUGUCCAAAGGAAUACUCCACUAAGGGUGGGAUGGGUGCCGCUCUUCUUUCAGAUCCUGACAAGAUUGAAGCUAUUCUUAAGACACUUGUUUCUGGACUUUCUAUACCAGUGACAUGUAAAAUCCGAAUCCUUCCUUCGGUGGAGGACACGGUCAGUCUGGUCCGGAGGAUUGAGAAGACUGGUGUCGCUGCCAUUGCUGUUCACGGCAGGUUUAAGGAGGAGCGUCCCAGACACCCUGUCCACUGUGAUUACAUUCAGGCCGUCGCUCAGGCUGUUUCCAUUCCUGUCAUUGCAAAUGGAGGUUCUCUGGACCUGGUGAAGAACAACAUCGACAUAGAGGCGUUCCGAAAGGCGACCGGCGCCUCUUCGGUCAUGUUGGCUCGCGCCGCCAUGUGGAACGCAUCAGUGUUUAGCAGCAAUGGACCACUUCCUGUAGAGAAGGUCAUGGAGGACUACCUGAAAUAUGCAAUCCGGUACGACAACCACGCAUUCAACACAAAGUACUGUCUGUGUCAGAUGUUGAGGGACAAAGUGGAGUCUCCUCUUGGGAAGCAAAUUCAUGCUGCUCAAACCAACAGUGAGAUCAGUAAGGCGUACGGGCUGCACGAGUUUUUCCAGCAGACUCAAGAGUUGCUGCAGUCAAGGAGGGAGGCCCUGCAGAGCAGCAGGCAGCUGGACCAACCCGUAGUGGAUGGAGAUGUCACCACUAUGGCUGUCAAGUUUGAGCGUAGGGACUAUCCACCACGUAUCACUCCAAAGAUGUUCCUGCUGGAGUGGAGCCGCAAGGAGAAACUGGAGCAGCCGCUGUACGAAAUUGUGGAGCGUUCUCAGGAUCGAGCCUUCCAGUCCACUGUGACUGUAGCAGGGAGGAAAUACAGGUCUUCACUGUGGGAGAAGUCGAAGAAAUCUGCAGAGCAAGCAGCCGCUGUCGUCUGCCUCCGAGUUCUGGGAAUACCAGAGGGUCGGAUUGGUGAGGAAGACUCUGGUCUUGUAUGCAAGAGAAAGAGAGAGGGGAAGGCAAAUGGUACCAUGGAGGAAGAGAAAAGCAAGAAACAGCAUGUGGAGGACCUCCAACAGGAAACAAAAACCUUAGAGAACUCUAGUGAUGAACGAUGACGAUCACAAAACAAAACAACCACGGAAUUUUUAACAGUCAUCUCUACUUUUUUUCCCCUUUUUUUUUCAAACAGGAGGAUCAUAAACUUCUGUGGUUGUGUGGGCUGAAAGAGUAAAUCAGGCUUCCGUUGGUGGCAGAUUAAAGAACAACCUUAUGGGUCAUAUUGUCAUACAUACCUCUAUGAUUUCCUGGUUUGCCUUAUGGUAUAAUCCAAAGAUUAAUACUAAAUUUAGAUACACAAAAGACAGCUGCUCAGCUCUGCCUUUAUCUCUCUGGACUUUAUUUUUAACCUUUAGUGCUGCGAUCAAACCAGGGGCUAUCCAGCCACUCGGCUGGAAAUAUCUGCUUCACCCCUGCCUUUUUUUUUUCUUUUUUUUUUUAAUUAAAUGUAUGUGUCAGAAAAAACAACUUUUACCCUGGUGCCUUUCUGAAGAACUUUUUUAAAAUCCUGAUUUUGGAUCAUCAUUUGUCUUCUGAUGGUGUCCUUUAGUGUGUGAUUAAGGAGAACGAUUGGAUGCGUUUAACAUCAUCACCACUCAUUAAAGUAGAUAUGUCGGUUCAUCUUUGCAUGUAUACCUGGAUCCACCUCUGGCUCCUAUUUGUAAAAGUAUUCAGGUUCCAUUUGUUUCUGUAUUGUCAUGAACUUGUUUCACUUUCUCAAUGAAAAAAUCCAACGUUGCUGGUGAAUUUAUCCUACGAAUGAGCAGUUUAUGUGUCUUAAUCAAAAAUUAUUAGGUAAAAGAUGAGAGAUUGGAGCUGCGUUUGUGGGACCUAGAUUCAUUAGUCUGUAAAUCCUUCAUUUAGUUCGUUUCUUUAAACUUGGAGAGCUCUGUAGCAUUUCAACAUAAGAUCCUGAACUGAACCAGCGAGUGGCGUCAUCACGGGGCGUCUAACGACACCUUCAAGUGUACUGGGAAAUAUGGCAAUCACUUUCUGGUUGAGCGAGUAAUCAGCAAGGCUGUGCGACGCUACUGUACAAUAAACUCUUAUCUCAACUUUCUUUUUAAAAAAUAAAUAUAUAAAUAAACUCAAAA